CGGCUGUUGUUGUGUCUGUGUCCCUGUAGGAGCCCGUGGUUUAACGGCUGGGGGUUCAACCUGCCUAGGGGCCAGUCUCUGCUGGAUAAAUGGAACCAAGUCCCAGAGGGCAUUGACAUCCUCAUGACCCACUGCCCUCCCCUCGGGUUCAGAGACUGGGUUCCUAAGGAGCUGCAGAGGGUGGGCUGUGUGGAGCUGCUCAACACGGUCCAGAGGAGGGUCCGGCCCAAACUACACACCUUUGGAGGAAUACAUGAAGGGUAUGGCAUCAUGACUGACGGCUGCACGACGUUCAUCAACUCCUCAACGUGCACGAUCAGCUUCCAGCCCACCAACCCCCCAAUCGUGUUCGACCUGCCCAACCCCUCCAGCUCCUGAGAAUGACCUGUGAAAGAGGGGGGGGGGGGGGGGGUUGUUGGCCAGAAUAACCUUUUUUUUCUAACAAAUAAUGUCAAAAUAAUUAUAUUAAGUGUCUCUCUCAAAUAUUGUUAUUUUGUAAGCUGUAAAGUGAAAGAGUGU